AUGGACUCUGGUCUGUACUGGUGUGAAUCUGCAGCUGGAAAAAGGAGCCCAGAGCGCCCCCUCUCUGUCACAGACCGAGACCUGAUCCUGGACGCUCCUGCACUUCCUGUAUUAGCAGGAAGUGACAUCACACUCCGCUGUCGGGUCAGGUCCACUUCUGGUCUGAGUCCAGUUCUGAUGAAAGACGGUGCUGAGGUCCAGGAUGGGCCCGAGUGGAACUUCACCGUGUCCAAGGAAGAUGAAGGAGAAUACAGCUGCAGAGACAAGAGAGGGGCGGAGUCAGAGAGGAGGAACCUCACAGUCACAGACCCGCCCACAACCAAUCCUAUCACCUCGUCUCCUAUCACCUCGUCUCCUAGCACCUCGUCUCCUAGCUCCUCUACUCUGUCUUCUUCAGAGAACGUUGGCCCUGGUGGUGUCAGCCCGGUUCUGCUCGCUGCUCUGCUCGGUCUGGCUCUGCUCGGUCUGGUCCUGGGUCUUGUUCUGUUUUUCCUCAGACGACGACGGCUUCAAACAGAAUCUAACGCGGAGUCUGCGGAUGUGACGUACGCCGACAUCACCGUGAGGAAGACGGCAGCAGCGCCCCCUCCUGGUCGCCAUGAGGAGGAAACUGUUUAUUCUGGAGUCAGGACUCAACCCAAAGGGCCAGAGGAGGUGACCUACGGAGAAGUGAUCAUCAAACCCAAUGACAAGAAGAGGAAGAAGAGGAGGAAGCAAGAACCCGACGGUCCAUAUUCUGACCCUGAUGUCGUUUACUCCAGCGUCAGGACCAGAGUUUCUGGAAGAGGCCGACCAGGCCCAUGACCCCAGAGUGUGACCCCAGAAUGUGACCCCAGAGUGUGACCCCAGAUUGUGACCUGAGACUGUGACCUCAGAGUGUGACCUCAGAUUGUGACCCCAGAAUGUGACCCCAGAGUGUGACCCCAGAGUGUGACCCCGGAGUGUGACCUCAGAGAGUGACCUGAGACUGUGACCCCAGAGAGUGACCCCAGAAUGUGACCCCAGAGUGUGACCCCAGAAUGUGACCCCAGAGUGUGACCUCAGAGUGUGACCUCAGAGAGUGACCUGAGACUGUGACCCCAGAGUGUGACCCCGGAGUGUGACCCCAGAGUGUGACCCCGGAGUGUGACCCCAGAGUGUGACCCCAGAGAGUGACCUGAGACUGUGACCCCAGAGAGUGACCCCAGAGUGUGACCCCAGAGAGUGACCUGAGUGUGUGACCUCAGAGUGUGACCCCAGAAUGUGACCCCAGAGUGUGACUCCAGAGAGUGACCCCAGAGUGUGACCCCAGAGUGUGACUCCAGAGAGUGACCCCAGAGUGUGACCCCAGAGAGUGACCUGAGACUGUGACCCCAGAGUGUGACCCAAGAGUGUGACCCCGGAGUGUGACCCCAGAGUGUGACCCAAGAGUGUGACCCCGGAGAGUGACCUCAGAUUGUGACCUCAGAAUGUGACCCCAGAA